CUAGAAGCCCCCAACUUCACAUGAAUUUAUUAUCGACCAUCAGUUACACGUCGCAACGCGACCCUCAUAAAGGGCGCCAACUGUGAUACUGACAAUACGAUUCUUACUAAAGCCAUAUACACUCAUAUCUUAUCAAAUAUCAACCCAGCUGGGUAAUUUACUACAGUGGAGAUUGUAUCUUUUGUAGCAAUUUGAUCUUGCCUGUAAACUGGCAUGCCUCAUGUAAGAAAGUGUUAUUUGAGAAUAAAUUAUCAUUAUUAUUUCGUAAAAUGUCUGAUAGGGAAUCUAGACUAAAAGCUAUCGACUCAGCUAUCGGAAUUGUACACAAUUUCCCAGUGAAAGGCAUUUUCUUUAGAAAUUUUUCUGUGUUUUCAGAAAUCCUGUUUAACUCAAUGUCUAUUGAAUUAAUUAUAUUAUAUGGCUACAUCCCAGAUAGAGCGUAAAUUCAAAGCUGUGUUACACCCUGUAGCGGUAAAUAAAUCCCCAAAAUUAAUAGCUCUGUAAGUCUUCGAUAUUUGAUGCUAAACGCAUUAGUUUUAAUGGAAUCACCAAGCUGAAGGCGCUAGAUCACGCAUUCGCACCAGAUCACCAGUGAGUACGCCGUGCUCCACAUCUCCUACGACCGCUAGCCAACUUAGAUUGAUUACUUCUCCAUAUAUCGAUAGCCUAUCAAAUAUAUCUUCAAACAUCUUCGCUUCUAACUUUUGAUUUGACUGGGUUGGCACAUUUCGGUUAUAAAGGUGUUACGUGUAAGGGCGUUGUCAAACUCCGAAUACUUUAGGCAUCCUUAAACCUGUUUACAGUACUGUUAUAUCUUGAAAAGUUGAUUUUUCUUGAUACUACCGCGUAUAACAGAGAACUAGAACACCAAAACCCUCCCAAGUCGCAAUAAGAAGACAGAAGACUAACGAAAGGAAUGUUAUUCCAAACAGUGUCAAUCAUAGUCAGGAAUUUAUAGUUUUUAGUGAGAACGAAAUCAUCAUUACAGUCUUCCAAUCCGCAUACAAGGGGUUAUUAGCAUAAUCCAAUCGGGAAGCUACACGUUGGAAUUCUAGAACAUUCUUCCGAAAGGUGAUUGGAUGGGACGUCUUCGGCUCCUUCUGAGCCUCUUACAGCUUCCUCGAGUUCACCGGUGGUCCGUCGUCACACCCCCCCUUUAAAGUCCGUUGUGUAAGAUUCUUUUGGAUCCACCUGAAGCUUGGGUGUCGCAUUCCUCUUGCGGUCCAUUACUCUCGAGGGUUGUACAGCUUUCUCUCUGCGUCGUUUGUCUUUUCGAUAUUUGCGCUCAUGAUGGUUCUUCUGAGAUGAAUCUUCGAGCAAUUGAAAUUGGAGCCGGCUUUCUGUGACCACUGUACUAUCAUUUCUUUGCAUUUGAUUUAUAUGUCUUAUGCAUUUUCCGACACCUUUCCGGACUAGGUACAGUACAUUUCCGAUUCGACGUUCUAUGACACCUGGUUCCCACUUCCUAUUACCUUGAUACGAUCUGACAAGUACCUUUUCACCCACCUGGAAGCUAAGAUUGACCUUACGAUUUUCAUUUGUGGGUUUAUUUGUCUUUCUUGGCGGCAACAUACUGUUAAAGACUGUCCGGAUUUUCCUUCCGAACAUACACUCGGCCGGAGACUUUCCUUCUGGUACUGCCGGAUUAGGGGUAACUCUAUAAGACAUUAAGAACUUAUUAAUCACUUGAUCCGGGAUACCCUCACCUCCCCCUUUAACCAGAGCUCUUUUUGUCGUAUCCACGAAUCUUUCUGCCUGGCCAUUCGAUUGAGGAUGGUACGGAGGAGAUUGUAGAUGCAAUAUGCCAUUUUCACUGCAAAACCGUUUGAAGGCGGAUGACAUAAACUGAGUACCAUUGUCGGUCACUAAGAUCUCUGGAACCCCAAAACAAGCAAACAAUCCUGACAAUCUUCUUAUUGUACUAUCUGAGGUCGUAUUCGGCAUGUCAUAUACUUCUGGCCAUUUUGUGAAAGCAUCUACAACAACUAAGUAAUUCCUGCCUUGUAUUGGUCCGGCGAAAUCAGCAUGUAUUCUACGCUGCGCAUCUAUCCUGCAGUCACACACGUUACGACAAUUGGCGACGGGGUAGAGAAAAUUUUGAACCCUCUAGUUGGACGAGAUUCAGUAUAAUUAUUUUGACCAAUCAAUAUCCAGAUUUGUCAUCGGCGUCCUUGGAGGUCAUUGGUUGUUAAUUGAUUACAGUAUUUCUCAUUACCCUGCUGACUCAGAAAAUGACUAUACUUCCCGACCAAUUGAAGCUACUACUAGAUCGCCAGCAGCAGCAGCAGCAGCAGCAGCAGCGUUUCAGAGAGAGCCAGUUGAAUGUUUUGGACUAUUUACGUACGCGACUGCUAAAUCUCCCAUGUUUCGGAGAUGUGAAAGAAAUUGAUGAAUUAAUUUCUCACUUGCAUACUGAACUCGAAAAUGACUGCAGGACGUAUGAAUAUGAAAACAAAAGCCUCUAUGAAUCCCUGAUGAUCAGUAACGCAAACGAGGCAGUCGCUCAUGAUCCGUCCAGCGAUCCAGAAUUGUCCAAUUCAGAAGCAUGCCCUGUUGUGGGUUCAAAUCCCACUGUGCCUGAAACAUGUGAGGUAUCCAGCUUACAAGAGGAACCCCUCGUGCCAGAAAAUGUUUCCCGUGCAUCAAAUAAUGGUCAGAAAUCUAAUACGAAUUUCAAAGAUGCUGUUUAUUUUAGUGAUCUAUUAUCCACUGAUGGAAUUCUGAAGAGGUCCGAUGAAUAUGUUUCACAAGAAUCAAACCUUAAUGACCUCAUAUCUAGUGUCGCUGGUCCUCAUCAUCUAAUCAGUUUUAGUGAACCCUCUACUCAAUGCGCGAAAUAUGCUUUAAAUAGAAUCAGACUAACUGUUACUUGGGUAUAUGAGGACCCAACGUUAUUUCGCGGGGGAGGACGGACGAAGAAAAUUUUAAAAUCCGGAUAUUAACUCCGGAACUUUCAAAAAAAGGGGGAGGUGUUAGGAUAGUCGAAAAAAUAUACCAAUAAUUAUCGUGUUAAGUCUACGGUGGCCUUGGACCUUAAAUGUACAUUUCCUAUUGGUCGAUGUUUAUUUCACUUGUUAAAUAUUGUGUAAAUGUUGUUUUCUAUUUUAUGGUACGAUGUGGUUUGUUUGUUUGGUAUAUAAAUAGAGGAUGUCUGAAAUACAAUGAUUCAUAACUCAGAGGCUGUGACUUGUGUUCUGGACUCAACUGGCUGGGCUAGACAGGGAAGUGGGACCAAUAGGGACUCUAGGUCGUCCGUACGUGUUUACGUGUCACUGUAAUGGAUUGAUAAAUACACUGCUUAUCAAAACCUGCAGUCACAAGUUACGACAAGUACGUUAGAAAGUAUACGUUGGUGUAGGCCUCGAGUUACGCGGCUUUCUUCUUGAACCAGUACUUUCCAUUCGUUUGAACUGCUCUUUCUUUCUUAUUCGAAAAGCAGGAAGACUUCCAGGUCCUUGUUUUUCUUAGAAAUACAAAAUUGAUUAUGGAACCUUAAGUUCGUGGUAAUGAUGCAUGUCGUUCUAAAAUUAUCUCCCUUUGAAUCUAAGCCAUAUAGUUCGUCAAAGACGUACUAAAUCCAACAGGCUAGUUGCUCAAAACAUCAAAAAGUCCCGUCAUUCCAUUUUGCUUUUGCUAGUUUAAUUGAUAAAGUUAUAAUUGGCUGAGUUCCUUUCAUUAUAGAGUUCAAGAGUGAAGGAACGAUGUCAUAGAUCUUAUCACUAAUUGCCUAAGGUGUGUUGAAGUCAACUGAGCCAUAAUAAUCGUGGUUUAGUGAACUUUAAUAGAGUCUUUCAGUGUACAUACAAUCCGUUUCAAACUAAAGUUAAAUCACACUGAACUACUUUGAGAAAAUCAUUUCUUUUUCAACUCUAUCCAAUCUCUCUUAUGAUCUAUUCCUUUUCUUAGACUCGUUUGUUCCAGUUACUAUUCAGUAGGAAACAGGAUUCCUGUUUGACUUGGAUCUAACGUGAUUGCAGAAAAUUACUUGGCUCGCAUCAUCAAUGGUUACCAUUAAAGGCAAAUGAGUGAUAAAGCCGUCGUUUAUUCUGCAAUGUGAAAAUAAGUUUCAUAUAUCUGGCCACCGUCUGAACGAACCCAACAUCUUGACCUAAGUAUAGAUAGUUUCCUUGAAUCAAAUGCAAAUCUCGCCCAGGGUAGUUUUGAUACCAAAUCAAAUAGAUACAAACUAAGAAUCCCAAAAAUAACCCAAUCUAACCAAUAAGUAUUAGAUGAGCACGAACAAACCUAUUGUAUUUGGAAUUCGAAAUCAAGCAUUUGACAAGUACAAAGGAAUCAUUAGUUCAUAGAAACACCACAGUUGGCGUUACAUGAAUAGUAAUUAUAAUGGGGUGUUCUUCAUUAUCUUACAACAAUCAUAGGAUACCAUAGAAAUUCGAAAGGAUGCUCUCAACUUUGGCAACAGUGUAAUUCUGUUGGAUGAUGUUUUGGCUACCGGCAGAAGCCUUGAAGCUUAUGUUAACUUGGUAAAACUAUCUGGAGCUGAGGAAUGAUCCAGCCUAGUGUUUUUGGAAAUAAAGGAUUUGCGUACAUGUGAAAGAUUGAGAAAACUUGGUGUUGCUGUUCAUUCGCUCCUUCAAAUUUAAACGUCCCUUCGUGUGAAAAAUUGCUUUUCUCCCAAUUCGUGCCCUUUUUUAUUUUUUGAUAUCAUUUAAUUUGUUGACUUAUCUAACAUACUUUAGUCCCAUCAAACCAUAACAUAUUAUUGCAAGUUAUCAGAUGUAUCACUUAUUUAAUAGUUUAUUUUUUAUUGUCGACGAUUAUUUUAUCGUACUGACUUCCUCAUCAUUUUAACUGUUUGUAGAUUUUGUUCGUAUGAUCAAUAAACGUCAUUUUUAUUGCGUAUAUGUUUGUUAGAUUCAUUGUGUAGAUUAAGCUUACUUCCAGUUGUAUGGGUGGCUAUCAGUUCACUAUGUAGGUUCAUUCAAUGGAAUUGAACCACUGACGUUAAAAAAUGAUGUACAAAGUUAUGAGCUAAUCUCUUUUGUAACUUAAGCCUUGUCUAAUAUGGUCACUGGACUAAGUGAUAUGGGAUUCACGCAUGAAUUAAUCAAAUAUGAUGUAAUAUAAUCAAAUGUAUGAUCAACAGAAAAUACAAUAAUGUAGAUCAAAACAAAAUGUAAUAACAUAACUGACUCCUUUAUAUGAAUCCCAACACUAAUUUACUCGAUUUGUACGUUGG